GCCACUGCGGGCUGCCGGGGCGGAGCGCAAGGGCGUGCUUCCGGCACAGCGCCGCGGUCGCUUUCCGGUGGUGCUGGAUCUGCUGCUGCCGCCAGGCCUUCGAGAAGCAGAACGCGGGCUGUGGGGCGCCGCUCUCCGCCGCCGCCAUGCUGAACAUCUUCCGCUCCAUUCCCACGCAGAUGGACUACAAGGGCCAAAAAUUAGCAGAACAGAUUUUUCAAGGGAUCAUUCUCGUCUCUGCAAUUAUUGGUUUUAUCUAUGGAUACAUCACUGAACAGUUUGGAUGGACUGUUUAUAUAGUUAUGGCUGGAUUUGCUUUAUCAUGCUUGCUGACACUCCCUCCAUGGCCCAUGUACCGCCGCAACCCUCUGAAGUGGCUCCCUGUCCAGGAUUCUGGAACAGAAGAGAAGAAGCCAGGUGAUAGAAAGCCAAAGAGACACAAUAAAAGCUAAAAAGUUGUGGCUCUUUAUGUUGUUAUGUUGUUCAAUUCUGUUAAAUACAUUUCCACUGAGAAAUA